UACUCUUUUCUUUUCGGAUUUUCGCUCCCACGGCCGGGCGUUUCCGCCGUGUUGCCGCGGGGAGCGGAUCCCGCUCGCGAGGACUGCGGAGAGCAGUGGCUCCAGGGGGGAGCGGGCAGAGCCGGCGGGGACAGCAGCCCCGCGACGACGCGGUGAGCUCACAGGGCGGUCCCCGAGGCGGGGGCAGGGGCGGGGGAGGUUGUAGUUCCGGUUCCGUCACCCAGACACGUGAAGGUCGGCGAGUCGCUGUAGUGCUCGCUUCGGCCCGCGUGGUCGUGCCGGGAUGGAGUCCUCUGCGUCCUCUUCAGGCUCGGCUCUGGGCGCCGUGGACCCCCAGUUGCAGCAUUUCAUCGAGGUGGAGACGCAGAAGCAGCGCUUCCAGCAGCUGGUGCACCAGAUGACGGAACUUUGCUGGGAGAAGUGCAUGGAUAAGCCUGGGCCUAAGUUGGACAGUCGGGCUGAGGCCUGUUUUGUGAACUCCACGAGGCCCAAGAGGAAAGUUAGCACCGAUGGAGCGGCGAAGGCAGAGCCCAAGCGCCUCUCCGCGAGGCUGUUGGCCAAGCCUGCCACUGCCAAGGUGGACCCGAAGCCGAAAAAGGAUAAAGCAUCAGACAAAAAAGUACAGAUAAAAGGGAAGAGGGGAGCAAAGGGCAAACAGGCUGAAGUGGCUGACCAGCAAACCACAGAUCUGCCUGCAGAAAAUGGAAAGAAGGAAAAACGGAGUCCAGCCUCUGAAGAAGAGAAAGCAGCCAAGUCCCACUAA